GCAUACUGGUAUUUUUCAAAAAGGCGAAUACGACCACAUCUUUUUUGUGUAUACGCCAUCAAUAACUGCAGAAUAUAAUUUUCUGAAUUUUGCGAAAAAAUAUCUGGAACAAAAACAAGAAUUAUGUCUGACUAUCGUUCUCAAUCUCGCGGCGGCGGACGCGGAAACAAUCCGGAAUAUUCCAAUGACGAUGAUCCGCCAAUGUCCCGCCUGUUUAUCAUCUGCAAUAAGGCUCAUACUGAGGAGGAUUUCCGAGAAGCCUUUUCUCCCUUUGGGGAGAUUGACGAUAUCUGGGUGGUGAAAGAUAAGCACACACAAGAAAACAAGGGCAUUGCCUAUGUCAAGUUUGCAAAAACAUCCGAUGCGGCCAAGGCGCAGGAGGAGAUGAAUGGCAAGACCAUCGGAAAGAUGGACAGGACACUUAAGGUCCUGGUGGCGGCAAACCGGAACCAGGGUUCCAACAAAUCUGAAAACGAACAUGAGAAGUACGUGAGACUGUUCAUUGUGAUUCCGAAGACUGCUACUGAGGAGGAUAUUCGUGAUGAGUUCGCCCAGUGGGGGGAUGUGGAGUCGGUGACUAUUGUGAAGGAGAAGAACAACGGCCCCCCUAAAGGUUUCGGCUAUGUCCGCUUCACCAAAUUUUACUACGCUGCCGUGGCCUUCGAAAACUGUUCUGCGAAGUACAAGGCUGUGUUCGCGGAGCCAAAGGGAUCAACUCGCAAUCAGAGGGAUCAAUAUGGCCGCUUGCCUGAUGACAGCCCCAUGUACGGUGGCUCAGGUCGUGGUGGUAACAAUUACAAUGGCAGUGGUGGAGGCAAUGGCGGAGGCGGUAGCUUCAACAAUGACUGGAAUGUAUCUGCCAACAACGACAUGUCCGCCUUUCUGCGAAUGCAAAAUGUUCCGGUCGCCCAACCCUCCUGCCUGGAGGUUAUUGUCAGCACAUGCGUUAACCAGGACCAGCUGUGGCGGCUUUUUGAUAUUAUUCCCGGUCUAGAUUACUGUCAGAUCAUGCGCGAACAUGGGCCCCGCACCAAUGAGGCCUUGGUUGUGUACAACAAUCCCGAAGCUGCCAUAUAUGCAAAGGACAAACUUCAUGGACUGGAGUAUCCUGUCGGCGAACGUAUUAUCGUAAAAGUCAACGGCAUGAGCUCGGCUCGAAUGGACACCUCCUUUAUUGACAAACGCACCAAGAAGGAUGCCAUAUGCAGCGUGCCGCUGCCUCCCUCUCAGCCACUGGCCUCACCGGAUGCCCAGAUUGCUCAGCGGCUUUUCAUUGUGCUUUCAGCGAAUCUACCGCAUUCCAUUUUGAAAAACGUAUUCUCGUGCUGGAGUGGACUGAUUGAUGUUUACCUGCUUCCCAACAAGAACUGCGGCUACGUCAAGUACGCGGAAGCAGAGAGCGCACAGAUGGCCAUAAGCGUCCUUAACGGGGCCGAGAUCUGUGGCGCCAAGAUAAAGGUUAUGGAAGCCGAGGAGCGAAGUGGUUCUGGCGACGACAAUGAUAAUGGCCGCAAGCGUCUGAGGCGCAACUAAGCACCGUUGACAAGAAAGAACUAACAGAGAACGCAUUGUACGAGUACGAAACUUACUUCAGAGAACCACAUACAGACCAACGCAAAAAACAAAUAAGAACCACUUUAAAACCAACCGAUAACCAGUACACUCACAACGGAAAGCUACAAAAACCACGAAGACUGGAAACGGAACACGAUGACCAGAAACGGAUAACGAUGACCGGGUACAAAGAACGGUGGAACAGAAAUCUACCAAUUCAACACACCAUAACCCGAACAAUUGACUAACUGAAGUUGGCUCGUACAGAGCACUCUAAGAAUGACCCAUACCUUAAGACCUUUAAACGGAGCCAACGAAACCACAAGGCUUGCUUCGCACUCAAGCUCGUAUUAUUAUAUACUGCAAACGAACUCUACAAACGUGUACUAUUUUCUAUCAUAUUCGACAGGAUAAGAUAAAACGAGGAACUAAAAUAUUAUGAACGUAGUGACUAUUCCUUGGAGCACUUAGAUUUAGGCUAAACUGAAAAUAUUCUUUAAUAUAUGAAUAUGCAUAUAUAACUUUGUAAUCCCAUAUAUUGGUAUUAAUAAAUGGAACUACAAUAUAA